UAGCCGGACAGCAGCAGAAGUCUGGAGGUAAAUGCUCAGGAGGGCUGCCCGCUUAUAUCGAAGAGGGAAAUAAGCUGCUAUGCUGGUCUGAAGAAACUACGCGCUGACACAUCUGUAAUACCGGACACGGAGCAACACAAGAACAUUUCAUUCAUUCAACAGCAGAGAAAGUUUUCCCUGAUGGAAGUUGAAUGUCUCGCACUCAAAGACCUCACAAGUCCAAGGAAAAGUUUUACGGUGGGGUCGGAGGAGAAUGGGGGCCAAAGUGAACAAAAGGAAAACAUCUGCACAGAGAAGAGAAGAUCCACACCUCUGAAAUCUGCUGAGCCUACCAUCCCCAAUUUACUAAUAAGCAGAAAAGUUGCCACCCCCGAUCUGACCCACAUCACCCCCAUCAAGCGUUCGGCCCUGGCCGAGCCCUGGACACCCACGGCCAAUCUGAAGAUGCUGAUCAGCGCAGCGAGUCCAGACAUUAGAGACAGAGAGAUGAAAAAGGUUCUGUUUAGACCCAUAGAGAACGAGAAGGACAAGCCAGCAAGUCCCGAUGCUGCAAUAAUAGAUACGGAGGUGGACGACUCUUAUCAGUUUGAAGCUGUGGACGAAGAGGAUGAGGCAGAGAAGAAGCCGAGCAGGAAGCAGAAGAGUCUGGGUCUGCUGUGCCAAAAGUUCCUGGCCCUCUACCCCGAUUACCCUCCGCCACACAGCCCCAUCUGGAUCUCACUGGACGAGGUGGCAACCAGUCUGGGAGUGGAACGGCGCCGUAUCUACGACAUCGUCAACGUGCUGGAGUCUCUGAUGAUGGUCGGCCGCAUAGCCAAAAACAGCUACACCUGGUACGGACGCCAGCAGCUGGACGCCACGCUGGAGGAGCUGCAGCGGAGGGGCCGGCAGCAGGGCUACCACCUCCAGAUGGAUCUGGCUGCUGAGGCCAGGGAGGCAGGGCCAGGGCGUGAGGAUGACGGCGGGGAGGGGGACGCCGGCAUCGCUGGUGGCAACAGGAAAGACAAAUCUCUGCGCAUCAUGAGCCAGAAGUUUGUCAUGCUGUUCCUGGUGUCCAAAACUCAGACUGUUACCCUGGACGCAGCAGCAAAGAUCCUCAUCGAGGAGAGCCAGGACUCAUCAAGUCACAGCAAGUAUAAAACUAAGGUGCGGCGGCUGUACGAUAUCGCCAACGUCCUGACCAGCCUGUGCCUCAUAAAGAAGGUGCAUGUCCGCGAGGAGAGAGGCAGGAAGCCGGCCUUCAAGUGGCUCGGCCCCGUCGACUUCAGCAACUCUGGAAAUACCGCUGUAAUGCCGCCUGAAGCCAGACAGCCAAUGGCAGGCCACGACCUCGGAAAAGCCAAGAUGGCACGCCACGCCUCGUUCAACAUCACACCGACUUCUGUGGUCAUCCAGCGGCAGGUCAACUCCGCCCCCAGCAGCCCACGUCGAGAACUAACAGGUCUGGCCAAUCAGCCUGUGGAUUAUUCAAGGAAGACUACAAGCAACAACGCAGUGUGUCGACUGCAGUUUGGGAACAGCUCUGAUAACCAGCCCAGUGCAGCCCUGCAGACCAACAUCCAGCUGCCUCUGUCCUCCACUCAGUCCACCGCACUGGCACCCUCCCUCCACCCUGAGUACCUCCUCACCUCUUCCUCCUCCUCCUCCUCCUCUCCCCACUGCUUGGCCUACCUGCCCAGCCUGUCUCAGCCCUCGCUGGUCAUGCUGUACCGGCCGCUGGACAAGCCCGACCAGACGCCUGAAGGUCAGAGGUCACCCAGGAUGGAGUCUGAGGAGGGGAGGAAGAGGAAGAGGGAAGAGAAAGAAGAAGACAAGACAGCGGUAAAAAAGAAGGGAACAUCUGGAUUAGAAGAAUGUGACAAGGUGAGAGCUGAAGCUCACAGGGAAGCAGGGGAGUGUCCACAGAUGGGUGCCACCAGGACGUCUCCCGGUCACCCAUCAGGCCUCUCCAGAGCGCUCGAUGAAAGUCACGGUGGCAACAACAGCAGCGAGGCCGCCCAGCCGUCACACUACCUCUACGUCCCCAACAGCGCAGGUCUGAACAGCCUCAACCUCUUCCUCCCUGCUGCCCAGCCACCAGCCAGUCUAGCACUUCCUCCCAGCGGCGUUCCCACCCUGGCGCUGCCCUACGUCCUGGUGCCCUCUGCCGCCCUCUCCCACUACCCCCUGGUCGCCAGCACUCUGCAACAGCAAGGAUCCGACGCCCACACCAAACUCAGCUUCAGUCUGCCCACUGUGAUGUCGCCUGCCCACUUCACAGUGGGGGCGGCACCUUACAGCCUGGCAGCGGCGCCGGAGAUCAGCUGGUCACCGGCUCUGUCACCGUCCAGUCCAGAACAAAGCAGGCUGUACGGGUCAGCGGCAGGGACGCCACAUUCACCCCCGGGACCACGACAGACUGUCAGCAUCAGCACACCAGAGCCACUGACCCCACAUACUCCAAAGGACACAGCAGCAUCCGCUUCUAAGGCUUUCUUCCAGACCCCAGGAACUCUGGGAAGUGUAGUCAGUGCCCUGCCAGCUGCUAGAAGAAGAGGCUCUGCACAGAGGAGACUGGAUGUUGGCCACCCACCGACCAGUAAGACAUCUGAGGAGAAAGAAUAGAUGGUUAAUGUACUAUUUUAACAUGCAGGUGUUAAUCCUGCAUGUUAAAAUAUGGUUUCAAACCACCGGUGCUUAUUUUAGUUCAUUAAUUAUUAAAUUAAGGAUUUCCUCCUGUAAUGCAAGAAUAUAAAUUUUAGCAGAGACGGAAAUGAACGGUCUUUUUGGAAACCAGAGAUCUUAAACAGUUCUCACAAUUUUGCUAUUGACUGUACAUUUUUACCAAUUUGCGAGUGUCUCAUUUUGAAAUGAAACUCUUCGGUUGUCUGUCGUUACAGUUCAAAUGUGCCUCAUGGUUCAGUUGUUGAUUUCAGAAUAAGUGAAGCAGUAUUGCCUAUGUAACAGUGCCCUCCUGUGGUGGGAGUGGGCCACUGUUGUAUUUUGUAUUUCUGACGUGAGUUUCCCUUUCAGAUGUGAUCAAGCUACCUAAUCCCCAUCACUUGUGUAUUAUAGCCCAAUUGCUAUUUAUAUAUUAGCUAAUAUAUGUUGAUUACAGGGACUGUAAUGGAACAUUAACUCCUUUUUUAAGCACUAAGUAUUUGAUGAAUGUUGAAGUGAUUGUCUUUAGUUGGCCCCUUCAGGUUUUGUUACAUUAUUAAGGCAUAAUAGGAAACGUUUAAGCUGCUGAUCGCAGGUUUACAUUGACAGUAGCAGACAAUCCUCUCUUGGCUCAUUGCUGACAGUACUGUGAGGAGAAAAUCACUAAAGCCUUAAAUGUUUACAGCUAACAAAGCAUCUCAAGGAACAGUUCUUGGACUUGAUGCACGACAGAUGCAUUAAUUUACUCAUCAGGAAGAUACACCUCACUGGUGCUGUGUAUGUUCUCACUGAGGAUUUACAACCAUGGUGCUUUAUGGUUAAACACCAAACUUUUUAGAUCCGUUACUGGCAACUAGAGGACAAUGUGACAUGGGAUGAUGCUCUCAGGUACUUGAAUCCUUGUGACUUUACUAGAAGUAGAUUCUGGAGAGAUAUCAGAGUACUGUAAAGGUUUUUAUCCUUACUUUAUCCAGGUAAAGUAGACUGAUCUUAUAUGCUGUCUUUUAUUUUCACAACACCAUUCCACUAUUCAUAAAGUCCAACACAUUUUGAACAUUUCCAGUAUGACCACAGUCUGCUGUUGUGCUGGUGCAGUUGGGGGUUUAAGUACCUUGCUUAAAGGCACCUGCAGGGAUUUGUGUCAACAAUCCUCUGGUAACAGACCCGCUGACUUGCUUCCAGACAACCCAGCCAAAAAUAUUGGUGCUUUGUACGGGAAUCAUUGAGGAGAGCUUAGCUAUGUCACGCCAAAGGGUGCACAGAAAAUCCACUCUGACCAGUGGAUGUGUAGUUAUUAAUGUACAGUUUUAUGUCUGUAAUUAUUUUUGUAAAUUGUAUUCAGUGUCAUUUAAUAUUUCCAUGUGCAGAAUGUUAAAUGCUGCUUUAUCAUUUUUGAAAAUAAUGAUACUUGCACUGCUAGUUUUAGUAGUUGUGUGCUGAUCUAACUUUUACGAAACAUGGAGGCGUUCCUUCACUCUAGCUCUGCUCUCUAGUUAUAGGCCUGACUGGUUUUCUUCUGUACGACUUUCACAAACUUUAAUUAAAAUAUAUGA